CCGCUAGCCGGCCCGGCCUCCGCCGCCCGCUAACUCGCAUCCCCGCUUCCCUCCCGCCGCGUCCCCGCGCGAAGAUGGCAGCCGACGGGCUGCAUGAGAACGAGACGCUGGCGUCGCUCAAGAGCGAGGCCGAGAGCCUCAAGGGCAAACUGGAGGAGGAGCGGGCCAAGCUGCACGACGUGGAGUUGCACCAGGUGGCCGAGCGCGUGGAGGCCCUGGGGCAGUUUGUCAUGAAGACCAGAAGGACCCUCAAAGGCCACGGGAACAAGGUUCUGUGCAUGGACUGGUGCAAGGAUAAGAGGAGGCUCGUGAGCUCCUCUCAGGAUGGGAAAGUGAUCGUGUGGGAUUCCUUCACCACUAACAAGGAGCAUGCAGUCACAAUGCCCUGUACAUGGGUGAUGGCAUGUGCCUAUGCCCCAUCGGGAUGUGCCAUUGCAUGUGGUGGUUUGGAUAAUAAAUGUUCUGUGUAUCCACUGACAUUCGACAAAAAUGAAAACAUGGCUGCCAAAAAGAAGUCUGUUGCUAUGCACACCAACUACCUGUCAGCCUGCAGCUUCACCAAUUCUGACAUGCAGAUCCUGACAGCAAGUGGCGACGGCACGUGUGCCCUGUGGGAUGUGGAGAGCGGGCAGUUGCUGCAGAGCUUCCAUGGGCAUGGGGCUGACGUGCUCUGCCUGGACCUGGCCCCGUCGGAAACCGGGAACACCUUCGUGUCUGGGGGAUGUGACAAGAAAGCCAUGGUGUGGGACAUGCGCUCUGGACAGUGCGUGCAGGCCUUUGAAACACACGAAUCUGACAUCAAUAGUGUCCGGUACUACCCAAGUGGAGAUGUCUUUGCCUCAGGAUCAGAUGAUGCUACGUGUCGCCUCUAUGACCUCCGGGCAGACAGGGAAGUUGCCAUCUAUUCCAAAGAGAGUAUCAUCUUUGGAGCUUCCAGCGUGGACUUCUCCCUCAGUGGUCGCCUGCUGUUUGCUGGAUACAAUGAUUAUACCAUCAACGUCUGGGAUGUCCUCAAGGGGUCUCGAGUCUCCAUCUUGUUUGGACAUAAAAACCGUGUUAGUACUCUGCGAGUUUCCCCUGAUGGGACUGCCUUUUGCUCAGGAUCAUGGGAUCAUACCCUCAGAGUAUGGGCUUAAUCACAGUGCACAUAGGCACCUGAGAAUAGAAUCUGAAAGCAUCACAUGUAAAUAUAUCUUACUUCUAGAGGGUCUGAGAGUUUCUUGCAACUUAGCUUCAAGUGAGCAACUCUGUGACUGAAAGUUCACCAAAUGUCUCCAACAUUACUAUUAAAACCAUCACCCUGGAAAGAUCCCAGUAUGAACCUCCAACACUAUGAGAACACCUUCCAGUACAGUGUUUUUCAUUUUGAACAUUUUUGAAAAUAUAUGUUUUUAAGAUUAUUAUAAA